GUUUCAUUGCUGGGAUCAGCAGUGUGCGGGGUUCCCUCGCCCUUAAUGGGUGCUGCUUGUCUGCGCGAGACCGGCGGACUCCCCAACCCGGAUGCAGCGGGACGCGGGCGGCGGGGCUUCUGAGCGGGGCAGCCCGAGCCAGCGGCUGCUGUUAAAGAGACUCAGCCAUGGAAAGCAAACCAUUGGUGACCUCGAAGCAGAAAACUGAAGUGGUGUGUGGGGUCCCCACCCAGGUGGUUUGCACAGCCUUCAGCAGUCACAUCCUGGUGGUGGUGACCCAAUUUGGGAAGAUGGGUACCCUGGUCUCCCUGGAGCCCAGCAAUGUGGCCAGCGACAUCAGCAAGCCGGUGCUUACUACAAAAGUCCUUCUCGGGCAGGAUGAGCCUCUCAUCCACGUCUUUGCAAAGAACCUGGUAGCGUUUGUGUCUCAAGAAGCUGGAAACAGAGCAGUCCUGCUAGCCAUGGCCAUGAAGGACAAGAGCAUGGAGGGGGUGAAGGCCUUGAAGGAGGUGAUCCGGGUGUGCCAGGUGUGGUGACGUGGAGUUAACAGUCACAUGCUGCCCGGCAGGACCGUGUGGAAACUCAAAACACCCACUCAGUGACUGGAAGACCCUCCUUCUGACACGGCAGAGGGAGGAACUUUAUCUGGCUUUAGCCUUUGAGCCAGAAAAAUUAUUCGUGUCUCAGGCCGACUUUACUCUGGUUACUGAUGUCGUCUGUGUAUGGAGGGGAAAAGUGGGAUAUGUCUUGAGGGAGUCGUGACUGGUUCUCACUGGGGUCCAAAUAGUUGCUGGUGUUUGGUGCCUUUUCUCAGUCAUACUUCUCUGCAGCUGCCCAGAGCUGUCUGGUAGCCAUUAAACGGACUAAACGCUUCCAUCACUUAA